UUUCCGGUCUGGGCGCCAUCGUUGCGGGAGCCUCGAGAUGGGGAAGUUCAUGAAGCCGGGGAAGGUGGUGCUGGUGCUGGCCGGCCGCUACUCGGGGCGCAAGGCCGUCAUCGUGAAGAACAUCGACGAUGGCACUUCUGACCGGCCAUACAGCCACGCCUUGGUGGCAGGCAUCGACCGCUACCCGCGGAAGGUGACAGCUGCCAUGGGCAAGAAGAAGAUCGCAAAGAGGUCCAAGAUAAAGUCCUUCGUGAAGGUUUACAACUACAACCACCUGAUGCCCACCCGGUAUUCUGUCGAUAUUCCUCUGGACAAAACAGUCGUCAAUAAGGACGUGUUCAGGGACCCGGCUCUAAAACGCAAAGCGAGACGUGAAGCCAAGGUGAAGUUUGAGGAGAGAUACAAGACUGGCAAGAAUAAGUGGUUCUUCCAGAAGCUGCGCUUCUAAAGGUGUAACAAGCUUGCAUCAAUAAAUGUUUAUUAAAACGG